CAAGGCUCAUCUUUAAGCCCUUAAAACACAUUACCUCGUGGUAUUAUCACCCUCAUUCAACAGAUGAAGAAAGCUAGUUUCAAGGAAGUUAACUGAGGAUCAGAGAUGUUAAAUGAUUUGCCUGAAGUUAGAGAACUAAUAAGUGACAAACCGAGUCCUGCUGCGUUUUACUAACAAGCCAUUCAGCUGCCCAGGAAGAUGUCGAAAAUUGUAGUAAAGGAAAGGGGGCAGCCAGAGCCAGAGCUGGGGCGUACCCCGCCUGGCUCGCUUCCAGUCGUGAUGCCUACAGCCGUGCCCUCUAGGUUUCAGACCUUCCAUUGGUCGUCCGUCACAGUGCGCCAUGCUCACACGAGGGCCAGGAGCCAAUCAGCGCGGCUCGUCUCCGCCCAGCCAGGCCACGCCAGGAUGGCGUUAUCUGUCCCUCCCGCGGCACGCUGGGAGUUGUAGUCUAAUUAUAUAUUUCUGCCAAUAGUGUGGGGACAGAGAGAACUACUCGACCCAUAAAGCCGAGCGCGGAGUGGAGUCUGCUUUUAGGAGUACCCGCCAACUAGCGGGACCGAGCAGGAACCAGCAUCCAGGAACAGGGCGUGCUUGGUUUCCCCCUCCCUAUGCCACUCCCACGAUGCCCUUGUCCCGCUGGUUGAGAUCUGUGGGGGUCUUCCUGCUGCCAGCCCCCUACUGGGCACCCCGGGAGAGGUUGCUGGGUUCCCUACGGCGGCCCUCCCUGGUGCUCGGGUACCCAGUCCUGGCCUGGCACAGUGCCCGCUGCUGGUGCCAAGCGUGGACAGAGGAGCCUCGAGCCCUUUGCUCCUCCCUCAGAAUGAAUGGAGACCAGAAAUCAGAUGUUUAUGUCCAAGAAAAGCAGCAUUUCGUUCAGCACUUCUCCCAGAUCGUUAGGGUGCUGACUGAGGAUGAGAUGGGGCACCCAGAGACAGGAGAUGCUACUGCCCGGCUCAAGGAGGUCCUGGAGUACAACGUCAUUGGAGGCAAGUAUCACCGGGGUUUGACGGUGCUGGUAGCAUUCCGGGAGCUGGUGGAGCCAAGGAAACAGGAUGCUGAUAGUCUCCAGCGGGCCCUGACUGUGGGCUGGUGUGUGGAACUGCAACAGUUGGCUGAAGCUGAGUGGAUGCAACUUCCCCAAGACCCAGGGCAUGUGCUCUCCUGUGUGCUUUCUCUGAUUUGCUCCCACCCCCACAUCCGCUUGUCUUCUAUGCCAGCUCAUCUUGCUCUUGAAGUUGUAUAAUUUGCUUGCAUGGCCUAAAGCUUUCAUUAGUGACAGGGGGACUGGGUUCUGGGAGGGGUGCCAUACCUGAGGAGGGUGGCAGUGAGCACGAAAGGGAAGAGCAUUCAGAACUUUGUGA